AUGAGAUUUCUUCGACAGGUGGCCGUCACGAUGGCUGAUACUUCUAGUCCUGCCAGUAAUCGCAUAAAGUCAUACAAGAAUAAAGCUUUGGAUUCGCAGGAACUGCGCCGGAGACGAGAAGAAGAGGGAAUCCAAAUUAGAAAGCAGAAAAGAGAUGAACAACUUUUUAAAAGAAGAAAUGUCUCCUUACCGAGUGAAUCAGAGGAUGUUAUCUCUGAUAUCCAAGAACCCUAUGUUUCUUCCUCAUAUACUGGUGGUGUUACCAGUGAGAUGGUAAAAGCGCUAUACAGUGACAACAUUGAAGAACAAGAACCUGCCACACAGAAAUUUCGUAAACUCUUGUCAAAAGAACCGAACCCACCAAUUGAUGAAGUUAUCUUAACUGGGGUAGUUCCCAAGUUUGUUGAAUUUCUUCAGCGAGAUGGUAAUUGCUCAUUACAGUUUGAAGCAGCAUGGGCUUUAACCAACAUUGCGUCUGGUACGUCUAUUCAAACUAGAGUUGUCAUUGAAGCAGGUGCUGUUCCUAUAUUCAUCAGACUCUUGGAAUCUGAAAUUGAGGAUGUUCAAGAGCAGGCUGUUUGGGCUCUUGGGAACAUAGCAGGAGAUAGUCCAGAAUGUCGUGAUUAUGUAUUGAAUGAAGGUAUCUUGGUACCCCUAUUACAAUUAUUGAGCAAAAUUACAAGUUUAUCUAUGACAAGAAAUGCUGUUUGGUGUCUUUCCAACUUGUGCAGAGGUAAAAACCCACCUCCAGAUUUUGCAAAGGUGUCUCCAGCUUUACCUGUGCUAGCUCGUUUGCUGUAUCAUGCUGAUAAAGAUGUACUUGCUGAUGCCUGUUGGGCACUUUCUUAUUUGUCUGAUGGCCCAAAUGAAAAGAUUCAAGCAGUCAUCGAUUCUGGUGUUUGCCGGAGAUUGGUAGAGCUUUUAGUAUAUUCCAAUCUGUGUGUGGUCUCUGCCGCUCUGAGAGUUGUUGGAAACAUUGUAACUGGAGAUGACUAUCAAACACAGGUGAUGUUAAACUGCUCAGCUCUCCCAUCAUUGCUUCUUCUUUUGAGUAGUUCUAAAGAAACUGUUAGGAAAGAAGCUUGUUGGACAAUAUCUAAUAUCACAGCUGGAAACCGAAUGCAAAUACAGGCUGUGAUUGAUGCUAACAUAUUUCCAGUCUUAAUUGAGAUUCUGGGAAAAGCAGAAUUUAAGACUAGAAAAGAAGCUGCCUGGGCAAUAACUAAUGCUACAUCUGGUGGUUCUCCAGAACAAAUACGGUUUCUUGUGGAACAAGGCUGCAUUCUUCCUCUGUGCAACUUGUUGACCGUGAUGGAUAGUAAAAUUGUUCAUGUUGCCCUGAAUGGGUUAGAAAAUAUAUUGCGACUUGGAGAUCAAGAUGCUAAGCUGCAUGGCAAUACAAAUCCAUAUGCUAUUAUGAUUGAGGAAUGCUAUGGUUUGGACAAGAUAGAGUUCCUCCAAAGCCAUGAAAACAGAGAGAUCUAUCAAAAAGCUUUUAGUAUAAUUGAACGCUACUUUGGCACUGAAGAAGAGGAUAAGAGCAUUGCACCGCAGACUGAUGAGAAUGCCCAGCAGUUCCAGUUUAGUGCUGGUCAGGAUGUACCAAUGGAAGGCUUUCAGUUCUGA